GGGCGAGCAUCUCUCACGCUGAAGGCCGCGGGAGCCGCGCAGGAGGCCAGCGCCGCGGGACUGGGGACGCGUCCGGAAAGGCUGGGCAUGGGUGGCGUCCCCUAGCCCGGCCGUGAUGAGCCCUGCCCUCUGCGGGAUGGGAGUUUAGAAAUGCUCAUCAAUACACAGCCUGAAGAACCUGGUCUGGCUGCGAUCGCCUCGUCCCUGUCACCUAUCUCGGGAGACCAGGCGGGGACAGCGGACGGACGCGGGGACAGCGGGCCGCAGCCUCGAGUCUUUCGCAACCAUGGUGAAGUUGGGGAACAAUUUCGCAGAGAAGGGCACCAAACAGCCACUGCUGGAGGAUGGCUUCGACACCAUUCCCCUGAUGACGCCCCUCGAUGUCAACCAGCUGCAGUUCCCACCCCCGGAUAAGGUGGUCGUGAAAACCAAGACUGAAUAUGAACCAGAUCGCAAGAAAGGCAAAGCACGUGCUCCCAAGAUAGCUGAGUUCACUGUCAGCAUCACCGAGGGUGUCACCGAGAGGUUUAAGGUUUCUGUGCUGGUUCUCUUUGCCCUGGCCUUCCUCACUUGUGUCGUCUUCCUGGUUGUCUACAAAGUGUACAAGUAUGACCGCUCCUGCCCGGAUGGGUUUGUGUUGAAGAACACCCAGUGUAUUCCAGAAGGCUUGGAGAGCUACUACACGGAGCAAGACUCCAGUGCCCGGGAGAAAUUUUACACUGUCAUAAACCACUACAACCUGGCCAAGCAGAGCAUCACGCGCUCCGUGUCACCGUGGAUGUCAGUUCUGUCAGAAGAGAAGCUGUCCGAACAGGAGACUGAAGCUGCGGAGAAGUCAGCUUAGCCAGCUGGGCGGGUUCCUUACAAUGUGUCACUUGAAGGCAACAAAGGGACUUUGAGGGACAUUUCAUUAAAUAUAAUUACUGAUAAUUUAGAGGUUACUCAUUUACGGUGCAAUUGCUUCUGUUUGCUAAUGCUGCUUUGCAAAUAAAACUUGCUGCGGACCACCCACAGGCAUAAAAACAA